GUACGUCGGAAACCAGGUGCAAAAAUGAGCAAUGAAGAAGUUAUGGAGAAACUUCAAGAAAUAUGUUCCCCAAUUAAAGCAGAAUCAGUGUAUGAAAAAGAUUGUGAAAUAGGAGAAAUUGGUUCAGGAGCAUCUGGAACUGUAUUUGUUGCUAAGGAAAAAGCAACAGGUCGCAAAGUUGCAGUAAAAGAUAUUGACCUUGAGAAGCAGCCAAAAAAGGAAUUAAUUCUUACAGAGAUUCAGGUCAUGAAGGAGCUGCAGCAUGAAAAUCUUGUUAAUUUCCUGGAUGUCUUCCUUCAAGAAAACCACCUGUGGGUAGUCAUGGAGUUACUUGAUGGUGGGCCCUUAACAGAUGUUGUGACAGAAACGGUAAUGAAAGAGACACAGAUUGCUGCCGUAUGUUACCAUACAUUGCAAGGUAUCAAUUAU